CGUCCGCCGCACGGUGUCGACGACGUCAACGAUGCAGGCGCUCUCCGCGAGGGUCGCCAUCGCGCCCGCUUCGGCGAGGCUCUCCACGCGCACGCGCGCUCGUAAGGCGACGCGCGCGGUCACGACGACCGCGGGCAUCCCGAUCCACAUCGAGUACUGCGAGAAGUGAAACUACCUCCCUCGGGUGAAGAUGCUCAUCUCUAAAGCGGACGAGGCUCACCCGGGGAAGUUCGACUGGACUUACAACGUCGACUCGGUGCUUCGCGCCACCGUGCCCAACGGCAAAGGUUGGGCGAUCGAGAACCAGGCCGAGAAGCCGAUCCCGGGCGGCGAGAACGCGCUGUGGAGGAAGGGCGCGUUCGAGGUGCUGCGCACGGACACGAACGAGCUCCUGUACUCGAAGAUGGCGGAGGGGAGCCACCUCGUCGACGGCAAGGGCGGGCCGGAGGGCAAGCUCGGGUCGUUCAUCAACGAUGUCCUCGCGAACGCGUAAGUAACGCUAUUUGAUCGUGAUCGUGGAUCCGUGAAACACGGAUGGAGGAGAUGAAGGCGACCGGCGCGUCGCGUCGCGCUCGCGCGCGUCGUUUGCGGUAUACCGCGAACGACGCGCGCGACGUGGGAACACGUGAAGGAGAGCGCGGUAAAGCCCGUUUUGCCACACGGGACGCGCGCUCUCUCGAUGCCAUUCCCGCGCAGCGACCGGCGACGCCGUCGCUUUCUCUCCGACAAAAACUUUGUUCAUUUCUGUAACGUCAUCAUCACGCACGUUACUCUA